AUGCACAUGAGUAGAGAUGUUGAUGUAAGAACGAAUUCCUCCGCUAUCCACCUGGUCUCCCUUAAUAACGACAUGCAUAUUGUUGAGACAAUCGAGAUACCUGAGCCGGCGAAAUCUGCUCCCGCGCCCAAAAAGGACUCCAAGAAAGCGGUGACCAAGACCCAGAAUAAAGGGGACAAGAAACGCCGCAAGACCAGGAAGGAGAGUUACUCCAUUUAUAUCUAUAAGGUGCUGAAGCAGGUUCACCCCGACACCGGCAUCUCCUCUAAGGCCAUGGGCAUCAUGAAUUCCUUUGUCAAUGACAUCUUCGAGCGCAUUGCUGGGGAGGCGUCCCGCCUGGGGCAUUAUAACAAGUGCUCCACCAUCACCUCCCAGGAGAUCCAGACCGCCGUGCGCCUGCUGCUGCCGGGGGAGCUGGCCAAACACGCCGUGUCUGAGGGCACCAAGGCUGUGACCAAGUACACCAGCUCCAAGUAACCGCUCUGUGUGCCCCCCGCAAGAGACGUCUCAACCCGCAGCUGAGGGUCUCACCACAUUUAUUCUGUGGACACAGAUAUGGCUCUGCAGAACACUGGGGCCCCCAUAUGCCAUAGCAUGGGAAUCCCAUUAUGGGGGUGUCAGGCUGGGGGCUCCCUGGGGGAAACAUGGUAGGGAGUGUCUCAGGCUGUGGGAUUCCUAUGGGGGUGUCUGGGGGAAAUCCCCAUGGGCAGGAUCUCAGCCUGUGGGAUUCCAGGGGUGUCUGGGGUGAAUCCCUGUACAGGGGUGUCUCAGGCUGGGGGAUCCUCCUGGGCAGGGAUCUAGGGGGGUAUCUGGGGAGAAUCCUCACAGGCUGGGGAUUCCCAUGGGGAGAGUUUGGGGGAAUUCCAGUGCAGGGGUGUGUGUGUCUGAGGCUUGGGGUCCCUGUGAGGAGAAUCACAGUAAGGGGGUCUCAGGUUGGGGAUCCCUGUUGGAGAGGUCUGAGGAGAAUCCCCUUGGGGGUUCUCAGGUUGGGGGGUCCCCCG